CCGAAGCACCCCGAACUCUCCAAGCCGAGCCCCGACCUCCCUAGCUGCAUCUACCCCCACUUUCGGCCCUUGUACAACCACUUGACCCUGUGAGACUCUCGCCCCAACUCUGUCCAUUCAUUCAUCGGGCCUCGAAUCGCCCCCUGAAGACUUGUACGCGGGGUAGCAUUUGGUCCGAUAUAGCUCGGGUCCUAUCUUGCCGGAUUCCGUUAGCACCUGCGCCAAGUGAUAACGUGUUGGAAAUCUCCCCGCAGGCUUUUGAAAUCUCGCUUUAAAAGGCAUCGCCCAGCAUGCAGUCGCACCACGAUACAUCGGAAGCGGGACCGAAGUUGGUCAACCGCCUCCAACAGAGCAGAUCGCCUUAUGUGCGGGCGCACAUGAAUAACCCCGUCGCAUGGCAACUCUGGGAUGCAGAGGCCAUCGAGCUUGCUCAGAGGCAUAAUCGGAUGAUAUUUCUUAGCAUUGGGUACUCUGCAUGCCACUGGUGCCAUGUGAUGGAAAAAGAAUCGUUCAUGUCUCCCGAAGUCGCUGCGAUUCUCAACGAGUCUUUUAUUCCCAUCAAGGUCGAUCGUGAGGAACGUCCGGAUAUUGAUGACAUCUAUAUGAACUACGUCCAAGCGACUACCGGCUCUGGCGGCUGGCCCUUGAACGUCUUUCUUACCCCGGAGCUCGAACCUGUCUUUGGAGGGACAUACUGGCCAGGCCCGAAUUCAAGCACAUCACAUGGUCCGGGUACGACUGGCUUUGUGGAGAUUUUAGAAAAAUUGAGCGACGUCUGGCAGACACAGCAACAACGCUGCUUGGAGAGCGCCAAAGACAUUACGAAACAGUUGAGGGAGUUUGCCGAAGAAGGCACACAUUCCCAGUCUUCUGGCCGUGAGGAUGAUGAAGAUUUGGAUAUCGAACUUUUGGAAGAAGCCUACCAGCAUUUCGUGUCUCGAUACGAUUCCAUCAACGGUGGUUUUGGUCGAGCGCCCAAAUUCCCCACGCCUUCCAAUCUCGGCUUUUUGUUGCGACUGGGCGCAUACCCGAAGCAGAUCCGAGACGUUGUUGGGCAGGAAGAAUGCGAGAAGGCGACCGCCAUGGCCGUUACGACAUUGGUGAACAUGGCCCGAGGCGGUAUUCGGGAUCAUAUUGGCCAUGGAUUUUCCCGAUAUAGUGUUACAACUGACUGGAGCCUGCCACAUUUUGAAAAGAUGUUAUAUGAUCAAGCGCAGCUGUUGGACGUAUAUGUGGAUGCGUUCCGAUUAACGCAUGAUCCUGAAUUGCUCGGCGCCGUCUAUGAUCUGUCUGCCUACUUGACAACCACCCCGCUGCAAUCGCCGACUGGAGGAUUCUAUUCUUCGGAGGAUGCAGAUAGCUAUCCUAGUCCUAACGAUACGGAGAAGCGGGAAGGUGCUUUCUACGUCUGGUCGCUCAAGGAGCUUACCCAGGUUCUGGGCCCUCGUGACGCUCCGGUGUGCGCUCGUCACUGGGGUGUGCUCCCAGACGGGAACGUCGCUGCCGAGUAUGACCCGCAUGACGAGUUCAUGAAUCAGAACGUCUUGUCUAUCAAAGCCACGCCAAGCAAGCUCGCCAAGGAAUUUGGAUUAAGCGAGGAAGAGGUAGUCAGGAUCAUCAAGGGCGGCAAGCAAAAGCUCCGUGACCACCGUGAGAAAACAAGGGGUCGGCCUGAUCUCGACGAUAAGAUCAUUGUCGCGUGGAAUGGACUGGCUAUCGGUGCCUUGGCCAAGUGCAGCGUCUUGUUUGCGGAGAUUGAGAGUUUCAAAGCAGUGCAGUGCCGUGAGGCUGCUUCGCGUGCUAUCAGCUUUAUCAAGGAUCAUCUAUUUGACAAAGCCACCGGCAAAUUAUGGCGCAUCUGGCGAGACGGCAGCCGCGGCGAUACUCCAGGCUUUGCCGAUGAUUAUGCCUACCUGACUAGCGGUCUGCUCGAUAUGUACGAGGCGACCUUUGACGACAGCUAUCUCCAGUUUGCCGAGCGUCUUCAAAAAUAUCUCAAUGAGUACUUCCUGUCCAAGACGGACGUGACUUCAUCCGGAUACUAUAAUACCUCGUCCGAGACGACUCCGGGCAUGCCAGGUCCUCUUUUCCGAUUGAAGACUGGUACUGAAUCUGCCACACCAUCCGUCAAUGCCAUUAUCGCUCGUAACUUGCUGCGUCUAGCUGCUCUAGUGGAGGAGGAUAGCUACCGUACCCUGGCACGACAAACGUGCAACUCAUUUGCAGUCGAAAUCAUGCAGCAUCCGUUCCUUUUCGUCGGACUGCUUGAUGUUAUCGUGGGACUGCAGAUCGGCACUCGUACCGUGACUGGUGUAUUCAGCACUGCAGAAGUUACCCAAUCAUCUGCCAGCCGUGGUGACAGCAUCCUCAGUCGAACGGACGAGCCCAUGGCAGCGCGUGACCUCAUCGUGCAGCGAGUUCGGGCGGAGGCCGGUGCCGGCCUGUGCCCAACUCUUGCAGUCGCCUCCCUGGUAGAUAUCCGACCCUCACACCUGAAGGACUUUGUCGGUAAUCAGUCGUUCUGGUUGAAGUCUCGGAACUCCCUCUUUAAGGACUUGAAAGCCGGCGAACCCGCCAAAAAUUUCCUGUUGGUAUGCGAGGCGGGCCGAUGUAGAAUCGUGGAUCUUUAGAGUGGUCAUAUCUUUCAUAUUUCAUGUUUGAUUGUUCGGAUUUUCUUGGUCUCUAUCACGUUGCUCUGUUUGGAGUAUUUGAGGUCAUUAUUUUGUGCUAAUUUCGGAAUGCCGAGGUCAAUGCUAUUGGGCGGGCCAGAAUCAACACACUUGUCAGUGUUGGUAGAUGGGAUAGAAAUGUAACUAGCCAGGGCCAUCGCACUCUCCGCCAAGUUGAGCAUCUGUCUAGGUUCGGAUUGAUAGCAAAUCUUUUGGUGGUCUUUGCUAACAAUUAUUUUCUCCCCCAACGUGACUUCACCUGUCCUAUUACACCCUUUUAAUUUACUGGAGCCAGCAAAGUUACCACGGCACAUUCGUGGCGCUUUUUUAGAUGUUCUUGGAGACUUGGCUAGGGCCUUUUUCGGAAAUUGGAAACCAAGGUUGAUUGCGGAGUCGUGAGCAUGAAGGAUUAUACGAAUGAGUGGAGCAACG